AUGGAUACUACUAAUGUUGCUGCUAAACUACCUAUUGCCACAAUCGUCCGUGAAUCUCCGAGCCUCCUUCGUACAUGGUGGAUGAACAAGAAUCUACAAUACGACGUUGCCAUGAGCAGCUGCAUCAUAAUAAUCAACAUCGUAGCGAUCCUGCACAUGAGAACCCACAAUAUUCCGUUUACUUCCAACGAUGAUCUAUCUGUUUUGAUGAUGAUGUUCGUUAUGUUCUACAUCUCCAGCGGCAUAGGUAGUUGCAUCUCGUGGAUUGUGGCAAUCGAGCAUGACGAAGCAUUGGAACCAGCUUUAUUCAUUGGACGCUUUUGUCACACCAUGGGCUUCGGUAUUUUCUUCAUACUCCUCUAUUGUAUUUCUCCACACUUGGCUCUACGCUUCGGGGUUCCUGGUUUGAUAUGGUUUGUAGCUGCCUUGGUUGCACCGUGUUGUCCCUCUAUAUGGAGAUGUCUAUGCCAGACAGUGCAAGAACUACGAGAUUGGUGGAAGUAUGUGAAUCAACCAAGAAUGGUUAGGAACUACGAGAUUGUUCAUGCUAAGAACGGUUAA